UAGCACGUAACUGUAUAAAUGCCUACUUAAACCACCUUGUGUCCAUGCAAAGAGACCUGAUUUAAAUAAGGUCCUGUUAGGGGAUAGAGGUGUCUUCAUCUCAGAGUGAUUUCUGAUUUGACUUUUCCUAUCUGGGCUCUUGGCUUGCCAGACCAGUUCGCUGAUGAAUUGGCCAGAGUGAGCAUAUAUAUAAGAUAUGCCUCGAACAUAAGAUAUAGUAAGGCUAGACACAACCGAAUACAACACCUUCUGCACCUUCAAUUCAACCGUAUAACCUAGGUGGCUUACGGACGUCGAGGUCAUAUAUGUCCAUCACCCUUAGUAUUAGUAUUGGUCUACCGUGCCAAGCUUGAUUUGUCGCCGCACUGGAACUCCGCAUUGGUGCGUCACAUUGCAGGGAACCAUCAGGACUGUCGGUCCUGUGUCCUAUCGGUGCUGUAUAUUUACAUAGUACCUGGGUCACGAAUAUUUCAAUCUAUUCUCUGGGAAAAUGUCUCGUCCCAGCUCUCACUCCCAGUAUCUCUCUUCCUGUCUGUGAGCGAAAUUCAGCCUCGAAUUCAUAAAAGAGAUAGAUAGGGAAAAUGAACAGCAAUGAACCAAUCUUGGCUGUUCCUGCUCCCUGGAAACUAAAGGGGACAGUCUAUUUUCUGAGCUUUUGGACUAACAAGACCUCUAGCGCCAAAGGAGAAGAGAAUGAUGGCCUGCCUACAGUCGCAUACUCACCUCUAGAGGCGGUUUCGCCUUUUGCGAACCCAGCCAUGUCUGGAGAGCACCUCGGUGGCUUGAGCCAGAUCCAGAUCAUUCGCUACACCGACAGCCCCGUGGGGCCCUAUGACGAACUGAUUAUUUGCCCCGGAUACUUCGCAUAUGAGAAGGAUGACGGCAAGGGGAGAACAAGAAAGAGAAAGAAUGCAAGAAUCACGAGAAUAUAUGUGUCACAGAAACAUACGUGCUGGAAUGGGCGAGCUAAUUGGAACAUCCCAAAACAUCUCGCGCGCUUCGAAUGGGAUCACUCACUAGAUGGCAAAACCGGUGUUAGAGUAUAUCCUUACGCUAAUGAGGCACCAAAUGACGACAGCUACAGUGCCACAUCGGAAUCGGAGCCGAGCAAGAAGCUCUUUUUUCAGGCUACUUUCAAGCCGGUGCACUGGGCGCCAGCGUUCCCGCUCUCAUUUUCAUGGCUAAAGUACGUGGGCAUCGACGCGUCUCUUGUACAACCACCGUUGCCGGAUGGACGUCAGAGUAGUUCAUGGGGUGGAGAGGAGCUACCCGGGACGAGUCGCUGGUGUAAAGUCAUCCCCGGUCUGUCGACAAGGCGAGCAACACUGGGAUGGAUGGAUAUGUCUCAAGACAGCCAUGACGGAACCCACGAUGGUGGGGGCGGGGUUAUCAAAAGCGGCAAGGGUUACGAUGCCGUGUAUGACAAUUUUUGGCCGGGCCUACGUCGAUGGAACGUCGCUGUCAAGAUGGAAAACACGGAUAUAGAUUUUGGGGAGGGGCUGUAUUGGGAUCGUCCGAAGUCUGAAUGAGGGCUAUGAUUCCACUUGGGAAAGGCAUCAUUGAAUCCUCUGGAGUUGUCCGAUGCGGUGAACAUAGAAGAUUAGCUCUACCCUAAAUGAUGCAAGGAUCUACAUCGCGAUACGAGCCCACUUACAUAGUAACACGUUCUACUACCCACGGCCGUUCGCACAGCCGAAUCUUCGUGCAUUCUAUUAACUUACACUAAGGACAGGCUUAUGUAUUAUUAUACUUACUGCGCAGGUCCUUGUCG